CCUCUUUCCUUCCCAAGCACCAGAGGAGGCCCCAGCUCCCAAGGGGCUAAGAAGCUGGAGCACUGGGGAGGAGGAAGAACUGAGCCAGACUUUGGCAAGACCCCCUCCCCCCACCAGGAAGCAUGAACAGGAAAGACAGCAAGAGGAAGUCCCACCAGGAAUGCCCAGCAAAGACAGGGGGGCGGGGCCGGCCCCGACAGGCCCGGCGCCACAAGACGUGCCCCAGCCCCCGGGAAAUCAGCAAGGUCAUGGCUUCCAUGGCUCUGGGCAUGCUGAAUGAGGGCGGCUGCAGCGAAGAUGAGCUGCUGGAGAAAUGUAUUCAGUCCUUCGACUCAGCUGGCAGCCUGCGCCGUGGGGACCACGUUCUCAACAUGGUGCUGGCCACGCACAGCUGGGUGCUGCCUUCCACCCACCUCGCUGCCCGCCUGCUGACCUUGUACCAGGAAGCCACAGGGGACACACAGGAGCUGAGGCGGCUGCAGAUCUGCCACCUGGUCAGGUACUGGCUGACCCAACACCCGGAGACAGUGCAUCAAGAGCCUCAGCUAGAAGAGGUUAUCGGGCGCUUCUGGGCCACUGUGGAGCAGGAGGGCAACUCUGCCCAGAGGAGCCUGGGAGACUCCUCCACCCUCCUGAGCCCCGGGGGCCCUGGCCCCCCGCCCCCUCUGAGCAGCCCAGGCCUCGGCAAAAAGCGCAAAGUGUCCUUGCUCUUCGACCACCUGGAGACGGAGGAGCUGGCUCAGCAUCUCACUUACCUGGAGUUUCGCUCCUUCCAGGCUAUCACGCCCCAGGAUCUGCGGGGCUACGUUUUGCAGGGCUCCGUGCGGGGCUGCCCGGCCCUGGAGGGAUCCGUAGGCCUCAGCAACAGCGUGUCCCGCUGGGUGCAGGUCAUGGUGCUGAGCCGUCCCGGGCCGGCACAGCGCGCGCAGGUGCUGGACAAGUUCAUCCACGUGGCACAGAGGCUCCACCAGCUACAGAAUUUCAACACACUGAUGGCGGUCACGGGGGGCCUGUGUCACAGUGCCAUCUCCAGACUCAAGGACUCCCAUGCUCAUCUGAGCCCUGACAGCACCAAGGCCCUGCUAGAACUGUCUGAGCUCCUGGCUGCCCACAACAACUACGCCCGUUACCGCCGUACCUGGGCUGACUGCACGGGCUUCCGGCUGCCGGUACUGGGCGUGCACCUCAAAGACCUGGUGUCCCUGCAUGAGGCACAGCCCGACAGGUUGCCAGACGGCCGCCUGCACCUCCCCAAACUCAACAACCUCUACCUGCGGCUGCAGGAGCUUGCAGCCCUCCAGAGGCAGCACCCGCCCUGCAGUGCCAAUGAGGACCUGCUGCAUCUGCUCACGCUUUCCCUGGAUCUCUUCUACACGGAGGACGAGAUCUAUGAGCUUUCUUACGCCCGGGAGCCCCGCUGCCCCAAGAGUCUGCCACCCUCCCCCUUCAAAGCGCCCCUGGUGGUGGAGUGGGCCCCUGGCGUGACACCCAAGCCUGACAGGGUCACCCUGGGUCAGCACGUGGAGCAGCUGGUGGAGUCUGUGUUCAAGAAUUAUGACCCUGAAGGCCGAGGAACCAUCUCUCAGGAGGACUUUGAGCGAUUCUCAGGCAACUUCCCCUUCGCCUGCCAUGGGCUUCACCCACCGCCCCGCCCGGGGAAUGGCUCCUUCACCCGAGAAGAGCUGACGGCGUACCUGCUCCGGGCCAGCGCCAUCUGCUCCAAGCUGGGCCUGGCCUUCCUGCACACCUUCCAUGAAGUCACCUUCCGCAAGCCCACCUUCUGUGACAGCUGCAGUGGCUUCCUCUGGGGCGUCACCAAGCAAGGCUACCGCUGUCGGGACUGUGGGCUGUGUUGCCACAAACACUGCAGAGACCGUGUGAAGGUAGAGUGUAAGAAAAGGCCAGGGGCCAAGGGCGAUGUGAGCCCCCCUGGAGCCCCUGGCCCACCCACACCAGCUCCCCACGCCAGCUGUGGUAAGACCCAGGGUGUGGCAGUCCCGGGAAGGGGGCCUGGUGGAUGGGGAUUAACUUCAAGGUCACAAGGCCCUUCCCGUCGUAACCACGCCACCCACGCCCAUCACCCCACAAACAGGCACAGAGGACAAUCUCUCCUACACACUAUCCCUGGAGCCAGAGACGGGGCACCAUCUUCGCCAUGCUUGGACUCAGACAGAGCCCCCGCACCCUUCCUGGGAACCACAGACGGUGCCCCUCGAACGACGGCCCUGCCCACCCAGCCCUCCACGCUGAAUUCCUAGACCCUGCUUGGGUCUGACCUCUCUCACCUCCCCCACAGUCAGUCCCAAGUCCUAUUCUUCGGCCUCCAGCAGGACCCCCAAAGGCGUCACCUCCUUCGCAUCCACACUGCCUUCAGCGAAGAGUUUGUCAUUUCUUACUCCGAAAGUUUCUUCUUUUGCAUCAGAGUGCCUACAACCUGUAUUCUGUUUUCCUGCACUUAGCAUCUGUGUGGUUUCAUGGUGGAUAUGUUUAGACCUAAGUGUCAUCUCACCGAGUCCUUACAUCUCCAUUUUACAGAUGAGGAUACUGAGGCCCAGGGAGGUUAAGCUGCUCUCUAAGGUGGCAGAGCUCCUAAGUGUUGGAGGCAGGACUCAAACCCUGUGUUCUGUCUGCCUCUAAAACGGAAGCUCCUUACCAAUAUGCUACCCUGGGCUUACCAAUAUGCUACACUGACAGCAUGGGUCAGGAUGGGAGGGGAUAGGCUGGGCAGAGUUCCUAACUCUGGGGCUCCAGAGACAGGAGAGAAGGCUGGAGUAGAGAUGGAACAGGGAGCCUGUGAACACCUGAGUCCCUCCUCUGCUCAGAGCCCUUCCACGCCUCGGUCUCACUCAGGGAAAGCCAGAGUCCUCACUGUGGCCCACCUCCCACAAUCUAUUUGUCACCUCUCUGACCUUACCUACCACCACCCACCCCCUUACUCAUCCUGCUUCAGCUACACUGAACCCUAUGGUCCCUGAACGUGCCAAAAAUACUCCUACCUCAGGGCCUUUGCACUGGCAGUUCCUUCUGCCUGGAGUGGUCUUCCAGAGGCCUCCAUGGCUCCCUCUUUGGGACUUAGCUCAAAUGUCACCUUCUCAGUGAGGCCCCUCUGACCAUACUCGAAGUUGCAAUCCAACCCCAGUCCUGCUUCUGUUUUCCUGCUUUGUUUUUUCCCCAAAGUCCUUUACCCAUCUGACAAACAAUACUUUUUUACCUAUUUAUCUUGUUGAAUGUCUGCUCCUCGUCACCAGAAAUGUCAGCUCCAGGACAGCAGGGGUUUUUAUAAUCUAUACUUUUCGCUACUGUAUUCCUGGUGCCUAGAACGGGGCUGGCACAUGGUGGGCACCUGAGAACUGUUCGUCCAAUGCUGGCAUGUCUCCUUCCCUAUGCCCUCAGGAAGGGAAAGAUGUGUUGCUAAAGAGCAAAGGACUAUGAGGGUCAGAGCAACAGGGGCCUGUUGAAACCCAGUGGACAUAGACACCCCUACCCCUUCUCAAACCUGAGCACCCCUGGCCUGACCCCACAGAGACAGGUCCUACAGCUGUCAUAAAUUAAAUUUAUUUUCUAGA